AUGUCCCAAUUGAUGGUCAUGCAAGAAUCCGAGACAACACCAUGUGUUGUAGGAGGAUUGGUUUUAUUAUCAGCCAAAGAUGACAACAACAACAAUAUUGAGGAGAAAAUUCAUCGGAUUGAUAGGAAAGCAUUUGAAGAACGAUUAAAGGAAAGACUUUUACAAAGAUAUGUUCGAUUCAGAAGUAUUCUAGUGAGUGAAUCAGAGUAUAUUGAUAUUGGAGUUGAUGAAGUAUGUUUGGAGAAUCAUGUCAAGUAUGAAAUGUUGAAUUUGAGCAAGGAAAAGAGUGAGGAUGAGAUUUUGAGUGAAUUGAUUGGUUCAAGAUUGUUUUCUCCCUUCAAACCUGUGGAAAAUUCACAAGUGAAGGGAGUUAUUCCAUUAUGGGAAUGUAUUGUUAUUGAAAAUUAUUCGAGAGGAUUGAUUCUAUUCUUUAGAAUUCAUCAUUGGAUUGGAGAUGGAACCUUGUUGCAGAAAAUUGUUGGAACUGACCUGUUGGAUAAUGAGAAGGAGGCAAGUGAAUAUGUUCAGAGUAAAUUUGACAAGAUUAUGAAAGGUAGUCACAGCAAUUGGAAUUCAGCAUUGACCAUUAUUAAUAAUUUGACAGGAAAAUUGAACAGGAUUCCAUUGUUGGGUUCUUUGGUGAGCUAUUGCAUUGGAUUCUUUUUGAAGAUUUUGGCCUUUGUUGCAACAUUCUUUUUGAUUUUGGGAAUUGGCGUUAAGGGAGAGCCAGAUACCAUGUUUAGAGCUUCCAAGAAACAUCCAAAAUGUGGUCAAGUCACUUGUUCAUUCAUUUGGUUCAAUGAUACAGAGCAAUUGAGAGAUGAUGAGAAUGAUUUGAGAAAUGAAACAGACAAGUACUUUACAGUGCCAGAAUUUAAAAAGGUGGCCAAAAAGUUAGAUGGAAAAUUGAAUGACCUAUUCUUGAGCUUGCUGAGUGGAGCUUCCGAUCGUUACAGAUUGAAACUCAGUGCCAAAGAAUCAUCCAACAUGCAAGAGAGGGAAAAACUAUUGAGCACAACAAAUGCUCGAAUGGGAAUGGGAGUGAAUAUCAGAUCUACUGAGAGCAAGUCACAGAGUGGCAAUAUUGUUGGCGUUAUUUUCGGUAGCAUUCCACUCAAUAUUCAACUCAUUGAAGAGCCACAGAAGAGAUUUGAAACUGUGAGGAAUAACAUGAAUUUUGCCAAGUUCCUUCCACAGCCCUAUUUUAACAGAUACUUGUUGUGGUUGGGAACUGCACUUCUUCCAAAGAAGAUGGCAGUUUCAUUGAUGAAUUGGGGAGCUGCCUCAACAACCUUCACCUGUUCCAACGUUCAAGGUUUUGAAGCAGACGACAAGUUGAAAUAUACCAUGUUGGGAAGAAACAUUGUACAGGGAGCUGGUUUCAUUCCAUUAGUAUCUGCAGUAGCUGUCAAUUGCACACUCAUGACAUUUAACGAUCGAGUUGGUUUAUCAAUAGUUUGCGAUAAGGGAAUCAUUCAAGAUAUUCACAUGUAUGCUGAAUGCUUUAGAGAAGAAUUUAUUGCUCUCAGAAAGUCAUUGGAUUUGUAA